AUGCUUAUGUUCCGCAGAACUUUCGUCUCCUCCGCUAAACAGUGCGAGGAGUACACGCUCAAAAAUGCCAUGAAAUCCAUCAAAGACCAACAGACCGAUCUCGAAAGCAGAAGACAGGCAGUGAUCAACCCUGCACUGAUUAACGGCUUCGAAAACCAAAAAACCUACGACCCAUUCGAUUUCUCGGUGGCCAAGCUGAGAUACGCUGCUAAACAGGAAAGAGACAGCAGGAGGAAAAGACUAGCGCAGUCCACAUUCAAUACAAAAGAAGUCAGCCCGCUGGACUUUUACUGUUUCCCAAAAGUCCUUUCUCAGUAUAUGUCGGUCACAGGUAACAUACAUCACCGUUCUGUCACCCAGCUGCAACACAAGAAACAGCAACAGAUGACCAGAGCAAUUAAAAGAGCGAUACAGGCUGGAUUUUUAAGUCCUAUGUCGCGUGACGUCGCGUACAGCCCAAAGAGAGGUGAUACGCUAUAA